AGAGCGAACUAUUUGUCACGGGAAACAUUCGCGUCUGAACCAAAGAAGAGAACGUUGGCGAUCGUUGAAAUCUUUUUCCGUGAUUGAAUCUGUACAAACAUUACGGUGAUAUUCAAUUAAUUACAGUGUUAAAUGAAAAUAGUUCACGUGGACAAUAAAAAAGAAAGUGAAGUAAAUAUUUCCACAAGAAAGAAUUUCAACCUGCCAUAGAAUUUCUAAGGCAAACAGCUACAGUUAAAGAAUCCUAACAAAAUGAGUUGCAGGAAAUCAUCCACGAAGAAAACGACCAGGAAAUCGUUUUGUUGCGGGGGUGGUAGACGUCGUUCAGAAAGUACGAGCAGUAGUAGCUCGUAUUCCAGUACUUCUGAAUCCUCUUUCACAUCAGACUACUCUGAUAGCUGUGCAUGUUCAGGGUGCGACUGUUUCGAUAGCUCGCCCCAAAGGCGAAAAGGCAAAGGAAAAGCGAAAAAUCGAAAUUCACGGUCGUCGCGAUCAGCAAGGAAAGUUUGCGGUUCGAGGCCGUCGAAGAAGAAGACGUCUCGUCGCAAAAGACGUUCGUCGUCACCGUGCACGUGUUCCGAAUGCGAUUGCUCGGAAUCCUCCAGCACUGGCGAAGAAUGUUGCAAUUACGUGACAAGCAAGAAACGUCGUAAACCGAGAGCUUAAAUCCAAUUUCAUCCAUUCUCUCGUCCAUUUACUCGUAAAUUAUAUAAUAACUUGUUUAUUUAUUACUCCCACUACUGUGUAACCAUUUAUACGUCGAUAUUCGUUCACUUGUUUUAUCGUAUUUUAUACACUACGACGCGACAUCAAUGAUUUUAUACCUAAAACACGUAUCUUGAAGCAUCCUUAUGGUUUUAUGAGACUAUUAGUAUGUGUAGAAUGUUAGCUAUAAGCAAGAAUACAAAACAAAACAGCGUGGUUAAAAAAUAUAUAAUGUAACGCUAAUAAUAAAGGAAAUCAUUUAAAACGAAA